AUGUCCAUGGCACUCAGCAGCUCUCCACGUAAAAUCGUCCCGCUUGCAACCGGAGAUGAGAUUCUCCCUAAUAAGCGUACAACCCCGGCUGUCAUAAAACGCGUCUUUUACUGUGGAGUCGUCGUAGAGGGCGCCGAUAAUGGGCGUAGACUUCCAGAAGAUAUCCAAGAUCUCGUCCUAUCCCUCGGAGAACCCAUCGUCGGCAAUGCGAACAAUGCGAUCCUCCAGUCGGACUCGGAGCCGUCGUCCCAGCAAUCCCAAGAUGGCCCGUACCAACGCAAGAGAACUCUCACAGACACUUCCGCCCUGGCCGACGUCGUCAAUGAACUUAUCAACACCGAGAGAUCCUACGUCAAACGUUUGCGCAUCCUGAAGAACGACUAUGCAGACCCUCUACGGCAGUUCUCAAGGAACAAGAGUACAGCGAUCCUGCCCCCGUACGAAGCAAAGACACUCUUUGGCAAUAUCGAUAGUCUCAUGCCUGUUAACGAAGCUUUCCUCGCGGACCUGGAGAAAGCCUAUGCUAACUCAGGUCUAAAGAACAUUGGCGAUGUCGCUCUCCAUCACUUCAAAGAACUACGCGGGUUUGAGCAUUACAAGCAGUACUAUGUCAAGCGGGAAGAGGCGCAGUCAAUCUUUGAGCGCGAAGUGAUGAAGAAGUCCUCAGGGUUUUCUGCGUUUAUUGAUAGAAUCAAAUAUUCUGCUGCUGACACGCGAAAUCGAAUUGGACUUCGAGAGUUGCUCAUGGACCCAGUUCAACGGAUACCACGAUACACCCUUCUCUUCCGCACUAUGAUCAAAUACAUCGCCCCCGAUGACCCUCAGAGGGCAAAGCUAGUCGAGGCAGACGAAAUCGCGAGCAAGAUCGCGCUCGCGGAGACCGACGAGCAGACCAAGCGUGCCGCGAUUAUGUACAGUUUAGGCGCUACCGUCGAUGAUUUCCCUCCCGGCCUCAUCUCGAAUUCUCGGCGGUUCAUCGACUGUAUUGAUGUGGAGGAUGUCCUUGACGUGGGCUCUUCUUCUUCAGCGAGCGCUUCUGGUUCACUCCACUGUACACUGUUUCUCUUCGACGACAAGCUCAUGAUUGCGAAACGCCCUAGCAAUGAGAAGAGCGGUAGGGUGCUGGCUGGACUUAGCGAGGUUGACAAGUUAGCAAAAUCUGGUGGAAUACCAUUGGGUGUCAAGAAGAGUGGACUGAGUUGUAAAGGAGUGAUAGAUCUAGCAGAUUUGACCGUAGCUGACGUAGGGGAUGCUGACUUUCAUAUGUAUUUGGAAGAGUCACCACAAGACCAAGGAGAUCGUUGGUCUGGUCGACCGUUCCGAUCUUACUCUGUGGAAUUCCCUCCUUCUCCUCCCAACCUCGAUCCCGUGCGAACCGCAGUUGAGAAACAACGUUUCCUAGAAAACCUUUGGAUUGCUCAAGCCAAAUUCAGGACCAGAGCCUCGCAGUCUGUGGUCCUGGCUGCGGAUGAGACCGAGGUGGAAAACCGAGGCGGAAAAACGACAUACGCGCGAACGUAUUUCAAUGUUUAUCACCGGACAGCUUUUCUUCAGGAACCAAAGAAGACUAAAAUUGUGUUGCACAUUGAUCACUUAGGAACCGCAGACCCAAUACCUUUCGGCAUGAGUGGUCCCCCAUUCGUAAUUGUCCGUGUACAUCCAAUGGCUGGCGAGAUAUCUCGAUAUACGGUAACUUCCAACGACCAAAACGACGAAGGAGAAGAAGACAUUGUACAAACAGCCCGAAUACCUGGCCGCAUUAUACAGACGAUCCACCAGUAUGGUUUAUUCCGGUUUCGACCUGGAAACAGCUCCGUACCAGGAACACCGACUGCUGCCACUCGGUCCCGGGCGCAUAUAUUCGGUCUAGACGUUAUAUCUCGCAACUUAUUUGGCAGUCGCCCUGGCUCCUCCAAAGGCGACUUUGGGUCUGUAAGUGGCCAUCAUCGAUCAAAGUCGUCGGUCAGCCGAUCGUCGACGUACACACAAACCACGACCACGGAUGGUAGCAUUGCCAAGUUUUCGUCCCGGUCCGGCUCAAUAGCUACAGCAGCCACCUCCAUGGGUUCCCAGGAGGAAGAGUCUUCUGGCAGCAAAUCUCUCCGACGGAAGCUUACCAAGCGUGGAAGGUCCAACUCGGCCACUAGUCCACCAAGGUCAAGAACGCAAUCUCUGUCUCGAUCUGCGUCCCAAGAGCGUCUACAGCCUCUAAGAAACGAAGAUGACGAUAUUGUACUCCAGUUGGACAAGUCUGAUCACGAUCUUUCUGUUCGACUUGAACUUGCCAGACAGAACAGUCAGAAUCAACACGCAAGGCAUGCGACGUCGAUGUCUUUCGAAGGGCGUUAUGAAGAAACCAUAUUUGAAGAGGAACCUCCCCCGCCAAUACGGCCAACGUCGAGAGCAUCCAACAUGUCGGAAAUGACACGCCACCACUCGCCGACACCCGCCUCAUCCAACGUCGACUUACUUCGUAGUACCCAAUCUCCAGAACCGCGACGCUUUGGUCCACGUAGUCCAUCUCCCCUCCCUUCGCGAAGUCCACGUUCCAUUCCCGCAUCCCCUGAGGAUGUAUCAGCGAGCUGGGACGCGCAAGAUAACAGCUUCAUGUCCAACUCUGAUGUCGACACUGAGCCCUUGACGCCUCUUCCUCGAAGCUCGCGUCAGCCGUUUUCUCAAAUGACUGCACUCGAUGGAUCUCAAACCUCCGUUGUCGAGCCUCUAUCAAUCAAGAAGAAGACUUACAUGUCUCUUUCUCGCUCCCCAAAGAAGAACUUUACGCGAACGUCGCCUUCAUCCAAAGUCCCAUCGCGUGUGGUAUCACCUCGGAAGGUCUCUCCUCAAGUUCGACUUACCCGUGCCGCGGCACCCUCUCGCGUAGCGAAUCAUGAGGGAGCCCAGCGUUUACUUCAGCUGGCCUCCAUAACUAGAGAAGAUAUUGAGUCAUCUCACCGGGCGAUUAAACGCGUUAAGGUGGAGGCUGAAACCCUCAAAAUCAGUCCGCUAGAGAGACCGGUUUCGCCGCCUGGCAGAGCUUCACCAUUUUUGCAGCGGCCGAAGACACCCAACGCUGCAAGCGCUCCAAUAACAAGGGAAGCUCAACAACGCCUUGAAGAGAUGAGGCAACUCAUAGGCAAGCGACAACAAGAUGGAACUCCUCGAAAUCGACGAAGUAUCCUGGAUGGGCGUGCCAGCUCGCCUGCAUUUGAAUCUCCUGGUGGUUCUGACACGUCGCGGAUCGAUGAGACAAUAUCAGAAGCUGAUAGAGGUCUGGCUGUUGUGAUUUCGAAUUACGGUGUCUUGCAGUCUAGUAUAGACGAAGUCACCGAUGAGCUGAAAGAGAGGCUACAGGAAAUGGACAAAAUCCGGAUGGAGCUUCAGAACACCAAACGACAAUGUGAGUUGAUGAAAAGCCUGCUUGCCGAUGCCACAGCAGAGAAGGAGAUCAUGUAUGAGGCUUUCAAUGAGGAACUUGACGCUAUGUUCACCGACGUCAAUCUUCCCCACGAGGAAGCUUGGGAGGCUCUGACUAUGGACCUUCGGCGAGCAAAGGAGAGCCGCAAUGCGUUGUCGAGGGAAAACUCAGACCUCAAGAGGCGACUAGCGGAAGUUGAGGCAGACAAAGAAGAGUGGAGUGCACUGCUUAGGUCACAAGGGAUACUUUCUUAACUCUUGAACUUGUUUUCUUACGUCGCAUGUCUUAUUUGUCUAUACGCACAUCUCAUACACAUCUACAGUAUACCUGUCACAU